AUGUCUCUUGAGCAGAGUAUGUUCACUAAAGGUGAUGACUGCAAUAAUGAUGCAACCAAUUCUGAUAAUGUACCUGCUGUCCACAUAGACGAUGUACAACGCAUGGAAGCUCGUCUUUUAAAGCUGUUAGAUGAAUUCAAUGCCAAAAAGUCUUCAUCGUUUGGUCCCAACUGUCCAUAUGAAAAGCUUGAUUCAAUUAGAGAGCAACAAGAAGAGCUUAUGCGACUGCAUUUUGAACAGGAUAAAAAGAUGAUGUCAAUCCUUGAGUCCGGGUCAACACUUGGUCGACGUCCUGUCAGAGCGUAA